AUUUAAUGAAUUCAGAUUUGUAAUAAACGAACUUAAUCAGAUAUUGGUGGUAACCUGUAGGUACUGUAAUGAGUGGAUAUUGAGCGCAAACGAGCAUGAAAAUUAAUGAGAAGGCUUUAUCGUCGUUUGCAAACUGCAAUAUAUGUUCAGAUAAAGAAGGAUGGUUAUGGAAAAAGGGUGAACUGAAUACAAGCUAUCAAAAAAGAUGGUGUGUACUACGUGGCAACUUACUUUUCUACUUUGAUAAAAGAUAUGACAAGGAUCCAAUUGGUGUUAUAGUUCUUGAAAAUUGUACAGUUCAACUAGCAGAAGGUGGAGAUUCUUCUUACACAUUUUCUAUUAUAUUUCUUGGGAAUGGCAUGAGAACUUAUAAACUUGUAGCAGAUGAUGAAGAAUCAUGCAAUGAUUGGAUAAAAUCAUUGUCACUCUGCAGUUUUAGAUAUUUGAAAAUACUGGUGGAAGAAUUAGAAGAAAAAUCAAAUCAAACUAAAUACCAACCAACAUUGCUUAUCCCAGAUUCCCAGCAAAUUCCCUUAGUAAGGGGUCUAAGGAAUGCUGCAAGCACAGAAGAUAUAUCAAAAGGGAGAGUCAAGACUACAAAAAAGAUCACCAAAUCAAGUUCGGAAAAAAGUUUGCAAAAUUUAAUUGACACUGAUGAAAAGCCUCUAAAAAUAGUUAACACUUCUUUGGACGGUGCAAAAACCAAAACAAUAUUUUAUCCUCUUUUGUCGCAACCACAUACCCUCCUCAAAGUUGAGUAUGGGGGUAAAGGCAAAACUAAAAAGCAGACAUUUCUAGCCUCAAACAAAUCGAAAAUACCUACUUUAACUUCCGCAAAUAGGUCAUUUAUUGCAAUGCAUGAGUACUUUCGUCAGGGCAUUGAAGAAUUAGCUGUUUCGUUGUCCUGACUGGUAAAUAAUUAUUAUAAAAACAAUCUUUAUAUAAAUAAAUUGCAUGUGAAGGGAACAAAGUGUGUUGCAAAACUCCUAACCAAUAUGCAUAUAUAAUCAGAUUACUGAACACUCCGAGACAUGCCAAACGCUUGCCUAUAUUAAUCCUGGUUCUCAGAGGUGCAAAAUUACCUGUUUUCUAUCUAUUUAUCUAUAUAAUAUAUGUAUCCCCAUCUGCACUUUAAUCAAGCUAAAUGUAUAAUUUUGGUUUUCCAUACGGAUGUGGAUGGGUGCUUUGUUUAAUGUGUAGCAAAUUUUUUAAUAAAUUAAAUUUCGCUUGUUCAAA